AUGGCUGCCAUCAGAUAUAGGUCUGGUACCAGAAGCUCGAAUGGUGAAGAUAUUGUCAGACGCAUCGAGAAAAGAUCCAAGAACGGAUGUCUUACGUGCCGUCAAAGAAGGAAAAAAUGCGAUGAGGUGUUUCCUAAUUGUGGGGGGUGUGUAAAGAAUAAUUUGAAUUGUGAAUGGCCUUCUUCAUUUGUGGAUCUUGGAGCCGAUCGGAGGAACAGGUACUCCUUUGUUCACUUAUCACCGGACGACCUAUCGACCACUCUCUCCAAGAGACGACCAAAAAAAGCUAUUUCCGAGACCUCUAAGGACCAUUUACAGGUCACUUCAAGUAAGCGAGGCUCAGAGGCAACGGAAUCUCUCGCAGAGAAUGAACAGCCUCCAGCUUUGCGAAAAAUGAACAACGAAAACUCAUACAAGAAAUCUAAACAGUGCCCAUGUUUGGAGGCUGGUCUGCAAGUGUAUGAGUCAUCAGAAUGCCGUGUGAACCGUAUGUGCGCAACUGGAAUCGAAUCUACCAUAAAGACGGCACCAACAUCAGCAAACGCAGGAACUAAGCACCAUACCUCUAGUUUCUUCGAUUUGCAGCUAGACUCGUACCUCAUACUAGAAAAAAGCUGCUCCAAUUUUCCCGCAAUUGCUCCUCAUAAUCAAAAACGGUCCGACGGAACCAUUACCAGUGCAAACACGCAGUUUCGAUUACAAUCUCCAAAAUAUGAUUUUGGGGGUAUUCAGCUUUCUGUACAAAAACAGAGCCCCAGUCCUGAACUUGUGACAGAAAAAUACCGGGAGCUGCUUGACGCGUACGAUAAAGGAAAAUCGCUUUUAGCUACGGACCCUGAGGAUGAUGAGGAACUGUUAUUUUACACCUGCAUCAACAAAUUCAUUCCGAAUCUUGGAACUCAAUAUACCCACCCUCUUUUGACAACCUGUGCCACGUUUGUUCCCCAGGUUGAAAAUAAUACGGCACUUAAAGAGAUCUUCUUAUGCUGCGGAGCUACGUACCUUGCAUGGUACGACGAGACCAAGUUUUCAACUUUAUCUGACGAACUUUAUGAAAGCUCAAGAAUGCUUAUCGAGAAAGAAUUAAAAAGCACAACUCAAGGGUACUCGGAGUCUUGGAUGCUGGCUUCUUUCUUAUUACUCUGUUUACGCUGCAAAAUGGCCUCCUCAGGUACGGUGGAUGAGUGUGUCAAAUGUCUUUCUGAAGCAUACUUGGUUAUAAAGAAUACAAUCAGUAGCAGAUACAGAGAGCAAAAAAGAAUGGCUACGGGUCUUCAGAAUCUAGCCUAUGAGAUUGAAAAUAAGUUUAUGGCUAACGCAGGGGAAGAAUCAUCGAAAGCUGGCCUCGUGCUACAGCCCUUCGAGAGAAUGUACAUUGAAAGUUUCAUAUAUAACUAUUCAGUGGCGAUCCUCUUUGCCACUGACAUAGUGACCUUACCUAGCCCAUUCUCAAUCUUCAAAGAACUUGGUGAUGUCUUAAAAAGGCCUAUCUAUUACUGCUACUUUGAAUGGAUGAACAAUCCUGUUCUAGGUCCCGCUCUGGAUGCGUUUGAGAUUUUGGCUAAGGUGUCAUAUAUUGCAAGGCUUCCGAUGCCUCUGUCAAGGUCGUCUGAUUGGGUUCGACGAGCUCGCCAACUACAUUCAAUGGCUUUUUAUUAUACUGCACCUGUACUUUCUCCCACGCUGAGAUCUCAAGACCUAUUCGUUUACGAAAAUGCUAAAGUAAGCUCAAAGGUCGGCAACAUUGUUGCAAAGUCAAGCUACUUACUGGUCUCUAAAAUUUUGAGGUAUAAUGAUUUCGAUAUCUGGCGACAAUCGGUCCUAAAAGUUCGCUCUGAACUAUUUGAGGCAUACUCUUCGAUUCCUCUGGAAAGUAAAACUUGGGGAAUAUUAUUAUGGUCUCUUGUGAUCACAGGCUGCUUUUCAGUAACGUCGGCCGAGAAAUCACAAAUUGUGAAAUACUUGUUAAACGUAGGGGCGCAUCUUCAUCACCAAAAUACAAGUAAGAUGAGAAGCUUUCUGGAAAAUGCGUGGCUGCUGCCAGUACAUGAACGCCUCGGUAUUUUAUUUGAUCGAGACCAGCUUUCUCAAUUAGCACCUUGA